AUGUCUAUUAAAAAUUUGCUUUUUGGAUUUUUAAAUUCUAUAAAGAUGGCGAUAGUGACUAUGGAAAAACUCAAAGUUAUGAAUAUUACUACUGGCUACAUCUUUUUAAGGCAGCAAAGAGAACUCAUGGAGUUGUGCUUAUACUUAAAGUUUUGCUUGAAAACGUCUAUAGAAAUUUCCCAUAGAUGGCACUGUUUGCCCUUGAUUUGCCCACUGAAAAUUUUUUUUGGUUUGACCAAACCAUAUGGUGCUGGUCGAGCCAAAAAAUUUUUUCAGUGGGCAAAUCAAGGGCAAACUGCGCCAUUUAAGGGAAAAUUUCUAUAUUAA